AGAGACGAGAAUGACGAGGAUAAAAGACCACAGAAGAAGAGCUAUUCAAGAAAGCAGAGAGACAGCGAUUGGAAAAGCCUUAGAAUUAUUCCAAAUAUCACGAAAACUGACAAAUUGUUCAACCCCCGGUCUGGCACCUUCGAUGGUCUCAAUCUCAGAGAAUUGAUAGACCAUUUACAAGCCCUUAGAGAGGCCUAUAGUAACAUUUUAGACUUAAACAAGCCAUCAACACGGUUCCCCUCUUUGGUACAGCUAUCUGCAAAGGUUAUCGGCUACUCGAUCGUCAAUUACGACCUCAGCAGGGAUGAUGACUCGGACGACUCGGACGAACUUACGAAGCCCGAGAGAGAAGCACGCUCUAUUGAGGUUGUCGACUAUAUAUACAACUGUGUACCAGCCCAUUUGAGGAGCCUUUUAGUACCAUCUCAUGCUCUCUCCUUUCUCUUCUCUAGCGAAACCCUUUCAUCCCAUCACCCUACGGUGUCUUCUCUCUUGCAAACGACACGACCACACGGAUUGGAAUUUCAGGACAUCAUCCAUCAGUCUCUCACAAUUGCUUUUGCGCGGUCAACACUACCACCACCCGACUAUAUCACUGAAAUUGCGAACAAAUUCAAUGCUAUACCAGAGUUACUCCGCUCACUGACGAAGCUACUACCUGCAUUCGAGCCAGCUUUGUCCACUUGCAGGGCAAUUGAUAACAUUAGAAGCCUUCCAGUUUGCGAUCUAUCACCACUGAUACAAUCAAUAUUAUCAGCAUGCUAUCAGUCUCAUAUUCCACCGUUCAGAUUACGUGAUUGGUUGUAUAUUUCUAACGAAAACUCGCUGUUCGAUGCUGCGCUAAACAAGUGCCAACCACUUGCACAACGCGUGUUGUUUGAGUUAGCUAUUGAAACCACUGAAAGGCUACUCAACGAACCUGCCCGUGAAGAAUGGUUCACAAUUACGUACAAUUUAUGUUCAGCUGCGCUCAUUUUUGCGUCAAGAAAGAGUUACUCAUGUGACUUACUUUGCGCUUGCAUAGAUAAUAUAUCAAAAAUACCCUUUAUACAGCGGACAACAUCAGAAGCACUUUCGAUGUUUGAUUUGGAAUUACUUUUCGCUUUAGACUACAGCAGAUCUAGUGUACUAAUAGACAAGUUCGACUAUGGUAAUCUCCUGCCUCCCCAGCUAAGUCUUCUUAGCAAAGUCAUAUCGAAAGGUCUACAUGUUGAAGGCAUCGACGAUACCACCCUGCACAUGAAAAAAGAAGCAGCCAAAGCUAAAUUCGAGAAAGAAAAAAUACAAUACCUCCACACAUCUACCUACAAAACACCUCAGAAAGGCAAGUCAAGGGUAUUAGAUUUGACACCAGCAAGUAGUAUCAUCAAAUCGAAUAAAUUAACACCGUACUUGAUGUUACCAACGCCGCGGUUCUCGCAAACUCCGUUCUUUCGUCGCAAAACUCAGAAUGCACUCGCCCCGCAGAGAGUAUUUGGAAAGAAGUUCCAAUUCCACGGAACAAACAAACUUUAUGGAUUUGGUACUCCUGUCUUUAUCCAGCGCAAUUGGAAUGAGAGAUAUGAAGGCGAUGAUGAUGAUGACGAUGAAGGUGAUAGUAACAAUAACGAUAACGACGACCUUGACGUCAACCUCGCUGAAAAUGACAACCGGAAGGAGAUAGAGAAUCUCCCUGCUCUGCCUGAAGAUGGAGAUUCCAGCGAGUAUUCCGCAGAAGAUCAUUCAGAUAAUGGUAUGGAAAAUGAAAGUAGUAAUGGUAGUGAUGAUAACCUCGAGGGUUAUGAAAGUUCUGAGAAUCCCAGAAGUCCCGAUAAACCUAAGGUGAAAACUUCCAAAAAACCUCAGCCAGUGAGGAAGACCAAAAACCAGAAGAAAGCCAACUCUGGUCAGCGUUUACAGAACAGAACUAAAGGUCUCAGAGAUGACACCCACCACUUAGAACAGAAAAAACAGAAAGUUCAAAAGCCCACCAGUAGAAGAGUAAUCCAGACAUCUUCAGAACAAGGAAGCAACGAUGAUAAUUCACUGUAUGCAAAUAAGGCAAGUUACCACACAGACACGUUUAUAAACGAACACAAAAAUGGUAGGGAUAUCAUAAAUGUUCGACCAAAGGAAAGAGGGAAACAGUCUAUAACGCAUAAGAAGAGUUUUGACAAAGACGACACAAUUAGUAAACCAUCUCGAAAAGGAAAGAAGCCGAUUCGUGUCGAGAGUGAAGAUAGCAGUAGUGAGGAUUUCGAUAUGUUGACUACUAAAAAGCCCAUCUCGAAAGCGAAGGAGGAGGACAAUAGAAGUCGUUCCAGUAACAGCCGUGACAAUAGUAGCAGUAGUGAAGAUUUCGACAUGCUGACAGCUAGUAAGCCGAGAAAACAACCAUCUUUGCCAAAACCAAUGGCGAAAGCUCAUAUAGAACGUAAGAACACUCACAUAGAUCUUCAUGAAGAUGAUCGCGAUCGAGAGUAUAAAGAAAGACAACAACGGCGUAGAAAGACUCAGGAGGCGCUACUUAGGUUGGAAUCAUUCCAAGAACUCAAAGAAACAGGCUAUCCAAUGCAUGAGAUCCAUGAGUCAAGCACAUCUUUUGCAAGGCCGGAGAAAGUGAAGCCGUCCCAGUCGAAGUUGAGGCCAUCCCUAAAUAACGCAUUGGACGCAAACAAGUCAGUGAAUUCAAAUAAUGAUAAAAAGCGCGCAAUAGAAAUGUCUUCAGAUGUAUUCGAAACGGACAGUGACGAUCAAUCUCAUCUUAAGAGGCGGAAGAGCAACCUGAAUGAUUUCAUGGCGAAUGCUAAGCAGAUGGAUUCGAUGGCGAAGGUAGCCAAUUGGGCGAGGGAGAGUAGCAUAACUGUUGCUUCGACUGCUUUAGCGAAUAAGUCAAGUAAUCAAGCUGCUAAUACAAAUGCAAAUACCUCCCAAAAUUCUAUCAUGGACCCACCAGCUCUUUUGCGAAAGCCACUGCAGACUGAAAAUUCGAAUGGACGACACAGUCUAGGUAGCUUCGAGACUGUAAAGAAGCCUGCGAGUGGACACAAACGUCCCAGUCAGAAGAUUGUCAGACGGAUAUCAAAUCUCAGGAAGAGCUAUCCUAUUGAAAUAUCUUCUGAAUCAGAAACACAAUCGUUGUUGGAAGAUGAACCGCCUGUGAAGACAACUAAGACGUCAGCUAAACGCUAAACUCAAAGGCACCACUUCAGAAACUUAAUAGCAAAUACCUAAUUAAUAGCAUCAAUAGUUGUAAUUUUAAAAUAAGCCAUGUAU